AGGUGCGGUGCAGGCGGGCGGAGGGGCGGUGCUGGCCCUCCCUCCCCCUUGUGCUCCUGCUGGGUGAGUAGGCUCCGUCACUCCUCGCAAGGAUGGAGACUGUAGGCGAGCAGCAGCAUGCUCUCACUCACUGACAGCGAGGGGAAACAACGAUGAGAAAACUAAUAGGAGCUGAACAGAAAUGCGCCACGAAGGAAGCGGUGUGGUGGUAGUGUGGUCGUCCCACAAUGAGCCGCCGACCUCCGGACCGGUGUGGAGUUGUGCGGGGUAUGAGCGCAGCCUGGAUCCUGGCUGUGAGCACCCUCAUCACCGCUCAGACUGCCGGAGGAUCACCGCUGGUCCUGGAGCCAGAGGUCUUUCUGGAAAAGUACGGCUACCUGCAUCAGGACAACCACCUCCACAAUGCAGCUGAGAUGCAGUCAGCUAUCUGCGAGUUCCAGUGGCUGUCCCGACUUCCUGUCACAGGUGAGCUUGAUGACGCCACCCUGAGGCAGAUGUCAGAGCCCCGCUGUGGGGUGUCAGAUGAGGGCAGCCAGCAGAUCUGGACUCAGAGGGUAAACGCCAUCUUCACUGGAAAGGGACGACCACAGCGCCGCAGGAGGCGCUCUACUGGGCAAGCUGAGAAGUGGUACAAACGCCAUCUGACCUACCAGAUAGUGAAUUGGCCUCACCACCUGUCUCCGGGCUCCGUGCGGCUGGCAGUGCGCGCUGCCUUCCAGCUGUGGAGCAACGUGUCAGGCCUUGUGUUCCAGGAGGCCCCUGACGGUCCCGCAGACAUCCGACUGGCCUUUUAUGAGGGAGACCACAACGACGGCGCCAGCAAUGCCUUCGAUGGGCCAGGAGGAACUCUGGCUCACGCCUUCCUGCCUCGCCGGGGGGAGGCCCACUUCGACAGGGCGGAGAGAUGGACACUAAACGGACACAAGGGACACAACCUGUUCAUGGUGACCGCCCACGAGAUCGGACACACUCUGGGACUGGAGCACUCCCCCGUCCGUCACGCCCUGAUGUCGCCGUACUACAGGAAGUUGGGCCGCAGCCUGGUGCUGAGCUGGGACGACAUCAUCGCAGUGCAGCAGCUGUACGGUAAGCCAUCAGGUGAUCGCCCUGUGAGGCUGCCAGGCCAGGUUUUACACGCAGCGCUGCAGGAGUGGGAGUUCACUGAGCUUCGCAAUGGGCAUCAGACCACAGGGCAGCCUCUCUACUGCCAGGGUGUCUUUGAUGCCAUCACUAUAGACCAGAAUGGGACGGUGCUGGUGUUUCGGGGCAGUGUGUACUGGACAGUAGCUUCUGAAGGUGGUGUGAGCGGCCCGCUGCCUCUCCUUCAGCGCUGGUCUGACCUCCCUCCGGCCAUCGAAGCUGCAGCCUUCUCCCCACUAGACUCCAAGUGGUAUUUCUUCAAAGGGAAGCGGAUGUGGCGCUACACCGGCAGUGUCCUGGACCCCGGCUUCCCCAGACAGAGCAGUGACCUGGGGCUGCCUCGCCACCCUGACUGUGCCUUCUAUUAUGCCCCUCUGGGUCACAUGGUCAUCUUCAAGGGCUCCCGCUACUCUGUGCUUAACCUCAAAACCCUGCACCAAGAGCCCUAUUACCCCCGCAGGCUGACAGACUGGACUGGUGUGCCACAGGGGACCAAUGGGGCGCUGACACGCCCCGACGGACGCCUCUACCUGUUCAGAGAACAGCGUUUCUGGAGAUUUGACCCAAUUAAGGUGCGAGUCACGAGAGAGGGCCAGUGGGUCAAGGAUCUGAGCUGGACUGGUUGCAGCAAUGGUCCUCAGAACAACAACAUCCUUUGACCAGCAGAGGGCGCUGUAAGCUUUAGAUAAGUGCAAUGUGUUGACGUAUACUGUAAUAUAAAGGUGCUAUAACGUUUUCAGCCUGAACCCACAUCAAGUUUAUAUGUUGCAAAAUGAGCCUAGCUCAGCAAACUGAUGCCAUGAAGGGAUUCAACAAAAUAAACCCAGUUGGUUUAUACGUUUUUAAAACACAUACAGUAUUUAUACUGCAGAGCAAUGGAUAUUAGUUUAUAUGGAUGUGCUGUUAUAGCCUCGUUAAUACAGAUAAUGGUAGGACUGUGAGCAGACAAAAAAUGUUUUUUUUUUUAUGCUUAAUCUAUGUUUCUUUUCUCUUAUAGUAUUUGCAAAACGAGAGAAACUAUUUUGUUUUUAUAAUUUCUUCACCAGUGUCACUAACAUAUGUAACAUAUUGUAUAAAUAACUGUUACUAACAUUGUCCUGUUAUUGUGUGCUCCCUCGUAAGUGCUGCAAUAGUAGAAGGCCUAAAUCAUCAUUACUAAGUGUAGGCCUGUUUGGACAAUAUGAGUACAUUAUAAUGUGUAGGUAAGUUGGGUGAGUUGUGAAUCACGAAGGCUGUUAUCACAAAGCUGACAGCUGUGUCGACAGUGUAAUGCAUUUCAGGAAACGGUUGCAGAGGGACAAUCAUUUGGGGAAACUUCCAGCUUCACUUCUUCCCUUUUCAUCCAACAGCGUGUUUUCUUUUGCAUCACUGCAGGCAGAGCAGUCGUCUGUCAGUGAAUAUGUAGAUCAUUGAUUUCUCAGCUCACUGUACAGAAGCUAAUUUAUUUUGACAGUGCCAUUACAUAGUUAUUGAACUGAAACUUUUAGUCAUGUGGAAACAUCUCUGUCAGGACACUCAGUUGGAUUUCAUGAACAGACCCCAACAGAAAGCAUUUUCAUUCAUUUAGGUUUUAAUACUAAAGCCUUAAGACAUUUCAUCACUGAACAUGAUCGACACUAAGGAGCCUCAUGGGUGACACACUCACUCUCAUGCUUGCUUUUUUUCCAGUCAAAAGUUAAACACAUUCACACCUCCGAGCUGCUCUGCAGGACAGCGUGGGUGCAACGGUAUCCUGUUGAGCAGUGAGCAGUCCAACAGGAGUAGCUCAUAUCAUAUAUCCUUAAAUUGUAUGCCUCCGAUUAAGCACUGGCCAUAAUGCACAUGUAACACAAGGGAAUACUAGACACAGGUUUAUCUGUUCAAUUUGGAUGGACUAAAAGUUUUAGUCAACAAAACGAAGUAAAGUAAUCAGUGUUGUAGAAGAGAGUGGUAUGACCUGAGUCAUAAGUGUGGUCAUUAAAAUGCAUAGUAUUUUCCUUUCCUUACAUAAUACAAUAUUAUCUUUUAUCAGACUUGUCUCGAAACAGCUAUGAACACCAGUGAUAAUGGGCACUGUGCAAAGAUCGUUGUGGGUUUGACUACCACCAUCUGUUGGACCAGUCUAAUACUGAUGAUGUAUUGGCUAAGUUUUCACUUAAUCUGUCUGUUGAUCCCUCAGCUUACUGUGGCCUUACAGUAAUUAACAUUUCUGAAGUCUUAGGCCCCUGACACAUUUGGGCUAUUUCAGACACCUUACAUACAAAUGGUUAGAUUAAUAUUAAGAUGUAUAUUAUACAUGAUUAGAGAUUUUUGUAAAUUCCAAAUGUUCUUUUAAGUCUUUACUCUAGGCUAUAUAAAGAUGAAAAUACAAUCUUCUUCAAUACCGUAAUCUGACUAGGUCUAGUCCACCACUUGUACAUUGUAACACACACAUAUACUAGAGCAAGGAUCAGCUGAAGUGCAUUUUAACAAAUGUGAUUAGAAGCCACUGGGCUAUACUUUUACUAUGUAAAGCCAGAGCUGUAACAGACUGACGGUGCUGCAGUGUGACAGAGCUCAGACUAAAUCAGAUUUCUAAUCAAGAGCAACAGCGACAUCAAAGAGUGACUUCACGCUGAGCUCAUCUUCACCUGUUUCAAAGGCCAUCGAAAAAUAAGACAUUGCUGGCGCUGAGUGGUUGUACAGAAACCUAGACUGGCACUCGUAACCCGACAGUAACACCUAAUACAGAGACAUGUUUUGCUAUUCACAUGGCUACAUUUUAGCACAUUGGCUGCACAAAUCAUUAGUUGUAUCUAAAUAUAAAAGUAAUUAACACAUUCAACAAUAUUAUUAUUAUUAUUAUUAUUACCUGGACUGUCAAAUAUCACUCACCUUGUUCCACUUCUCUUAGUCGGUCUGUUAGAGCAGGAGUUGGAUAAUUACUGUAUAUUUUGGACAUUUUAGGACAAAUCAACCCACUUACAGUCUUAAGACACUUCUGAGUGAAAAGUGUCACCUGAAGCUGAACUUUGGUUUUCAGAGAACUGCUCUUUUAUCAGACUACACAGUCCUGCAUGACUUCAGAUCCUCUUUAAAGGGUUUCUCAUCUUGUCCAACUUUUCUAUGUUUUCAAUUAUACUGUGAUUAUUACCGCAGCAUGUAGCGUAGUGGCAGGAAUUUAGAUGAAGAACUCAUCGACUGGCUCCUUUUUGUUUGUGUGUGCUGACAGCAGCUCAGCAGUAGUCCUGUUCUCCACCACGGGCCCUUUCAAGGGGCUUUGUCCUGCCGCCACAGUCCUGAUGCCACAGCCAUUCCUGGCUGCGUCUGUACAACCAGUGGAGGCCCAUGUUCUGGAGGGGCCAUGAGGGUGUAUGUGUGUCCGUGGCAGACAUUCAAUCAGCUCCUUGGCCAGACCCUCACCAGCUGAAGCCCCAACAGCUGCAGGUCUCUCAGAAUGGAAACUCAUCAAAAGGUCCAUGGACGAAGAGCGAGCAAUUGUUUUGACUGCUGUGUCAGGGUGAAGUGAGACUGGGACUCCUGUGUCUACAUUGGUCUCUGGCUCCGCCUCGUCCUCUUCCAGAAGGAGAUGGGAGAGCGAACGGGUGAUGGAGGGGCGCAGAGGAGAGUCAGGGUGAUUGGUGGUUGAGAGCGGUGCAGGGCUGCUGCGCUGAGAUGAGUAACAGGAGCUGCCUGGAGGGGUGCUGCAGCAGCUUCCUGAUCCCAGGCUCUCCACUCCACCACCUCCUCCAUGAAGCUUAUCCAGGACAGGGUCACUGCGCGGUCUGUGGCCUAUCGACAACCAAAGACACAUCAGGCAGAGUCACAAAAGUGGGCCUUUGCUAUUGUACUACACUCGUAUGUCACUGAACUUGAACCAGUUCUUUGUAUAAGAAAAGGUUUUCAUAACCUCGGGGUCAGAUGAUUUGCAGAUGGCUUUGCAGGAUCAGACUGAUAUUUUGAUAAUUUCUUGAUGUGUUUUCAAUCAAAAAAAGUGAUUAGUUGUCAGAUAUUUUGAUUUUGAUUUUUUAUGACUGUUUCGAGUAAUAGAAAGUUGACAGCUCACUAACAGCUGGAGUCUAAUGUAACCUAAAAAAAAGCUCUUGGGCCAGAGAACUUUGAUUAAACACUACUAUCAAAGUCUGAUCCACAUCAGCAAACUGCAUAAUGCUGCUGAAUGGCUAACUGAAACAACUGUUACUCAUCUCAAAUAUUAAAGGUUACCUGUGGAGUUUCCUUUUAAACAAACAAAACUUCAGUUUACAUUCAGUGUUAUUCACCAAAACCCAUUGUAUGUAUCUCUGAGCGGUGUAUCUAACAAAUGUCUCCUUCCAGAUAAAAUGAUUUUUAAACACA